AUGAUCAUUAAUCCGUCUUGCACCCUGCUGGUGUCAAGCCGCAAGGACGAUGAAGAAGAAGCCUGGUUGAGAACGGGGCCAGUGUAUGACGCGGGGGUCAUCUGUCAUGCGAGUGUAAAUAUCACUAAUUUACUGGGUUCUUCAUGGGAAGAAUAUGUGGUACGUGUCGAGUUAUGCUGCGCCGCGAACAAGCUGGUUACCGACAUCGACAAAAGGGCCGCACUGCUCAGCUGUUGGGGCCAGGACACCUACUCGCUGAUAUCGACUCUCUUCAGGCCCCUUCGACUACCGAGUGUGGAAUACAGGACCAUCGUCGACGCUGUCAAGAACCACGUCAACCCCACGCCAUCCGAACGCCUACGCAAGUUGCCACUAAGCAUCAUGCUCCGUGACAGACUGGUUUUCGUACUUGCUGACGGUGUAUUCCAGCAACGACUACUCGCGGAAAAAAGUUUGACGUUCGAGGCUGCGUAUGACUUAGCUGUCAGCUAUAAGCAGCAAAAAGACAUUGGUAGCAAGCGGAGCGAUAAAGAAAGCAAAGAAGACGUAACCGCGCGAGUCAGCACACCAAGCAAGGAGAGAGGCAUGCAGCUAAAAGCGGACGCUUCAUCGCGCUUUCAUCGGUGCAUGGGCUAUCACGAUCCAGGUCGGUGCAAGUUCAAGAACGCGAUUUGUUUCGCCUGCUCGGGAAAAGGGCACAUAUCUCGAGUUUGCAAGGCUAAGGUAAACGUACAAUCCAGUCAUCCUGUGGAAGAUUGUUCAAACGUGACAAUGUGUCCAAAACAUGAGUACGACGAGCUUUUAAAGAUAAAGCAGAUUAAAAACUCACCAGAACGAAUCUUGGUGACUGUGCAAAUACUUGGUGAAAACGUCACAAUGGAAGUCGACUCGGGGGCUGCGCGUUCUAUCAUUUCCGUGCAAGAGUUCAACAAGUUGAAAGCUUAUCAAAGUGUCCAUCUCGAACAUUCCGAAACAAAGCUAGUCACGUGGACGAGAGGGGGACUUGAUGUGCUGGGAAAAGCCAUGAUGCCCGUGAACUUCAAGAAGAAGAGUCUAGUGCUUCCGUUGCUGGUCGCAGCGAAUAAGAAAAGCACGUUACUGGGCCGAGAUAGGUUUUCGUCUCUGGGGAUCCAAGUGACGUGUUUGCAGCGUCUUUUCCAGGAGCUGCCCUACCGCCAAUCAGCAUCGAGCUGA